AUGGUACUGCUGUGCUUAGGGUAUCGCGUUCUUUUUUUGAGAUUUCGCCUUCGCCAUUGCCUCGCAAUCCGCAUCGUCGCACCCGCCGAACCCGCGCGCAGUGAUCGCAUCACCGCGAUCCGCAUCGCCGCAGUCCGCAUCACCGCAAUUUGCAUCGCCGCAAUCCUCAUCGCCGCAAUCCGCAUCGCCGCAAUCCGCAUCGCCGCAAUCCGCAUCACCGCAAUCCAUAUCACCGCAAUCCAUAUCGCCACAGUCGCCAUGGAUUGGCAGGGCCAGCGCCUCGCGGAGCGCCACGUUGCUCGCGUGCCUCGUGGUGGUUCCCGAUUGGCCCGUUUUCCGCCGGCACCCGCUGACGUGGCUCGAGCCGCGGCCGGCGGAAUCCACUUCGACGAUCCAGGAGAUGCUGAAAGCGCGCGCGUCAAAAAAGGCGGGAAAGGCGAAAAAGUGACACACGAGGAAGAUUCGCAGUCGUCUUCUUCCCUCCCCUCACAGCCUAAUCUCGAUUCCACCCAGCCAGCAGCAGAGGCAGACAUGCCUGUCUGA